AGAUGUGGACUGGAGAGUGUUCCCACGAAUGCUCCUGGCUGCUGUGGUCCAGGGGGAGAAAGGUUCGAAAUGCUUCCAGACAAAAAGAGUUUUGGGUGUCCUGGAACUUUAGUUAACCCAAGGUUUAAACUGGCCAUAGCUGAGUACAUUUUGAUAUAAAUUUGAGAUCAUAGUUGCCUAAGAUCAAACACAUUCCGUGCCAGAGCAGCCAGAAAAUUAUUAGGGCUGUUUUUUCUUUGCUGGUGAUUUUAGCACUGCCAAGAGGGAAAAGAUGAACUACAACAAUUCCACUUGAACCUGAAGUAUUAACUGAGCUAGUCAUUAUUAACUGUAUAAUGUAGGCUUGCAAAAACGUUAACUAAACUGACCCGAAUAGAGCCGAAACCUUUUUGACAUUACAUAAAGAACAGACCUUCUCCAGUAACCUAUUAUGUAUCAGGUGAUGGCCCCAACCCAAGACACCAAUUAGACGUCUUAUUCCAAUGUGCAAAACUGUAUGAUCAAACCAUAUGUGCAACGGGUUCUUUGACUACAGGGCAAGCUAAAGUCGAAUACUUUACAUGUUUUCUUAUCGGCGUGCGUGAACACUAUUGCGUUUUUCUCAACUCUGAACACAUUCCUGUGUUACUACGGGUCUAAAUAGUGUCUCUUGUGGUUGGUAUGGCUCAUAACGCUGGUUUAGACUUAACAGAAGCAGCUCUCGGACUUUUGAAGAAUCAAGUCCCUUGUGUUGUGGCUCGGACUGUUUCAAGGGAUUUUAUUUUCCUGCAGACCAGACCAUGCAUUUCAGGAACGUGAGGUUGCUAAUCAUCUGCCUCCUCUGCGUGACGCAGCCAUCUCUCCAGGAGUCCUCAUCCAAAAAAACGGGUGGAAAGAAAGAUGGUUCUAAUUCAGCAGCAAUUGAGGAGCUGAAAAAGCAGGUUGCUAACAUAGUACAGGAGCUGAACCUGCUGAAGGAGAAACAAGCCCUACAGACAGUGUGUCUGAAAGGUAUCAAGGUCCCCGGCAAGUGCUUUUUAGCAGAUGCGACAAAGAAGAACUUCCAUGCCGCCAACGACGACUGCAUGACCAAGGGCGGGGUCCUCAGUACCCCACUGUCCGGCGCUGAGAACAACAAACUUCACCAGUAUGCCGGUGAGACCAUCGGACCGGAAGAGCACAUCUGGGUGGGCAUCAAUGACAUGGUCACAGAAGGAGACUGGUUUGACCAGAGCGGCUCUGCGUUACGCUUUAAAAACUGGGAGACAGAGAUCACCCACCAGCCGGACGGGGGCCACUCCCAAAACUGCGCCACCCUCUCCCCCACCACCGGGAGAUGGUUUGACGAGAGCUGCCGCGCUGAAAGAGCAUUUGUGUGCGAGUUUAAUAUAGUGUGACCUUAGCAGGCCACUACUAACACCACUGCUCACCCAUUUAACCGCCACAACUCCAUAUAUUAUCAGUAUUGGUGCAUAGAAAAUAUGUAGAGUCCAAGCAUGGUAUAUUGUUUGUUAAAACUCACAUUUCUUUUGCUUCACCUUUAUUUGAUUGUGAAGAAUAAAGAUUGGGUGACUAUUAGGGCUCAGGGAUCAGAGUGAUCCAACAGAUGAAGAGGGACUGAGAGGGUACAUGCCUGGGUAGGUGAUAGAGACAGUAUUAUGGGAGGGGGUGCCGAACUAAACCUAGCGCAGAAAGCUGUUGAAAGGCAGGGCAGAACACAGACUGGGGAGUAAUUAUAUUAUAUGUCAUGAGGGAAUCAGAAGGAUCUAUCUGCAUGUAAUUUCUUUAUUAUUAUGAAGAGAACAUCUAGCAUGACGACUUCUUCAAUGUAUUUGUGUUUUAACAAAACAUGUUACAUGACUGAUGUAACUUACAUUUUCAAUAAAAUAGCAUCACAGCAAGGCAUA